AUGAGUGCAGAACCGACUUUACGUGACCUCCCUCUGUCCUCUGUGGGCGACAAGGCCAUCGACGUGCAAGAUGGCUUUACGACCAGAGACCAGGUCAAUGUCGUCGAGGCGGAGGCAGAAUUCAAUGCAUUAUCUCGCCAGCUCUCCAUGCAGUCUGCAAAGACACCCACAAAUGUCCAGAACAGUGAUUUCGAGAAAGGUGAUAUAGAAAAAGGCUCUUUGGCGAAUCCCGAGGAGCCCUUCGACCUGAGGGAAUACCUCACCUCGUCCAAUGACGCGAACCAAGCUGCUGGGAUUAAACACAAGCACGUGGGUGUUACCUGGGAGGGUUUGUCUGUCGAGGUCAAUGGUGGUAUGGGCUUCAAGGUAUCUUCGGGCAUCAUGAAGCCCGGUGAAAUGUGUCUCGUUUUAGGCUGUCCCGGGUCUGGCUGUUCGACCUUUCUCAAAGCUAUUGCAAACCAGCGAGGAGAGUAUGCCUCCGUAUCCGGUGACGUUCGUUACGCUGAAAUUGAUGCGACCGAGAUGGCUAAGAUCUACAAAGGAGAGACGCCUGGUCCUCAUGGACGCAUUCCAGGCGUUUCGCGCAAGGCAUUCAACGAACAAGUUCAAAGCAUGCUGCUCAAGAUGCUCAAUAUCUCACACACUGCUCAGACCCUUGUCGGCAACGAAUUCGUGCGAGGAGUUUCAGGCGGAGAGCGCAAGCGUGUCAGCAUUGCUGAGAUGAUGGCCACGAGGGCGCGUGUUCAGUGUUGGGAUAAUUCGACCCGAGGUCUUGAUGCGUCGACAGCUCUUGACUACGUAAAAAGCCUUAGAGUGAUGACUGAUGUUCUCGGCCAGACGACUUUCGUUACUCUGUACCAAGCUGGCGAAGGGAUAUACAACCUUUUCGAUAAGGUUAUGGUCCUUGAUGAAGGUCGUCAGGUCUAUUUUGGCCCCCCCUCAGAGGCCCGUACUUACUUCCAAAACCUGGGGUACAAGUCUCUUCCUCGCCAAAGCACAGCUGACUAUCUUACGGGAUGCACGGAUCCCAAUGAGCGUCAGUUUGCCACAGGACACUCAGCUAUCGACGUCCCUAGCAAUCCGACCGCCCUAGAGCAGGCGUUCCUCGAUUCGACCCUCGCCGACAAUAUGCUUGACUCCUUGGAGAAAUACAAAUUAAUAAUGGAAACGGAGAAAGCCGAUCAAGAGGCGUUCAAACAAGCCGUAGCCUCCGACAAGAAAAAAGGUGUCUCCAAAAAGAGCCCAUACACCCUUGGAUAUAUCGGACAGGUACUAGCCCUUGCGCGCAGACAGUUCCAAAUGCGGUUGCAAGAUCGUUUUCAACUCAUCACAAGUUUCUCCUUGAGCACGAUAUUGGCCAUUGUUAUCGGCGCUGCAUUUUUGAACAGACCACCGACUUCGGACGGUGCGUUUACUCGUGGAAGUACAAGCUAUAGCUUAUAUCGGCCUUCUGCCAUUGCCUUGGCUAACACCCUCGCGGAUAUGCCUUUUUCGGCUGUUCGGUUGUUCUUGUACGACAUCAUCGUCUACUUCAUGGCCCACUUAUAUCGCUCGGGUGGAGCCUUCUGGAUCUUCCACUUGUUUAAUUACAUCGCUUUCCUAGCCAUCCAAGGCUUCUUCCGUACUUUUGGCCUCUUUUGUUCUAACUAUGACAGCGCCUUCCGCUUGUCAUCGUUCUUCAUUCCUAACUUGAUCCUUUACGUGGGUUACAUGAUCCCUGUCAACGAGAUGAAACGCUGGUUAUUCUGGAUCUACUACCUCAACCCUAUGUCCUAUGCGUACGGUGGCUUGAUGGGGAAUGAAUUCGGCCGUCUUAAUUUCACUUGCGAUGGCGAUUAUGUCGUUCCAAGAAAUGGUCCUGGUAUGAACGUGUACCCUGACGGCCUUGGCCCCAAUCAAAUCUGCACAUUGUUUGGCUCCGCCCCGGGUUCGAACACUGUCCCGGGCCGGUCCUAUAUCUCUGCUGGCUAUGACCUGAACAUUCAUGACAUCUGGCGUCGGGAUUUCCUUGUCCUUGUGGGUUGGAUUUUAUUCUUCCAGGCGACACAGAUCAUCGCGCUGGAUUAUUUCCCGAAACGUACGGGAGGCGCUUCUUUCCGUUUGUUUGCAAAAGAGAACGCAGAGACCAAACAGCUGAAUGCUACGCUUCGAGAACGGAAGUCUCACCGCCUAGAACUCGCCGAAACUGAGAAAGCUCAGGCAAUGGAAGAUACCGAAGAGAGAGAUUUUACCGCCUAUGCUGAUCGCAAGACCUUCACUUGGGAGCGCCUAAACUAUCAUGUGCCCGUACCUAAUGGCCAGCUUCAGCUACUCAAUGAAGUCUACGGCUACGUCAAACCCGGUACGCUCACGGCUCUUAUGGGUGCGUCAGGCGCCGGCAAGACGACCUGUCUCGAUGUGCUCGCGGGGAGGAAGAAUAUCGGCAUCGUGACUGGUGAUGUGCUCGUAGAAGGACGCCCUUUGACAUCCGAUUUCGCUCGAGGAACCGCAUAUGCUGAACAAAUGGAUGUCCACGAAGGAACCGCCACAAUUCGGGAGGCGAUGCGUUUCUCAGCAUACUUGCGACAGCCGGCUGAAGUAUCGAAGGAAGAGAAGGACGCAUACGUCGAGGAUAUGAUCGAACUUCUGGAGCUCCACGAUAUUGCUGAUGCUAUUGUCGAUGGGCUUGAUGUUGAAGCUCGAAAGCGGCUGACAAUUGGUGUUGAACUUGCCAGCAAACCUGAGUUGCUCCUAUUCUUGGAUGAACCAACUUCUGGUCUGGAUGCGCAGAGCGCAUGGAAUUUAGUACGCUUUCUUCGAAAGCUGGCUAGCCAAGGUCAAGCGAUCCUUUGCACCAUCCAUCAGCCAUCGUCCUUGCUUUUCGAGAGCUUUGAUCGUCUACUGUUGCUCGAACGUGGUGGGCACACCGUCUACUUCGGCGAUAUUGGGGCGGACUCUGGCGUCCUCCGGGAGUAUCUAGCGCGCCAUGGAGCUGAAUGCCCAUCCAAUGUGAACCCUGCAGAGUAUAUGCUGGAUGCCAUAGGAGCUGGUAUCUCACCUCGGCUUGGGGAUCGUGACUGGAAGGAUGUUUGGCUAGAUUCGCCUGAGUGCAAGCGCGUUCGAGAAGAAAUCAAUGCCAUCAAGCGUAUCGGACAAGUGCGCACUGAUAUCGACAAAGUCAAGAGCUCCACCUACGCCACUCCUUUCCUGCACCAACUUAUGAUUGUCACCAAGCGCAAUAUGUAUGCCCUCUGGCGCUCGCCCGACUACGUGUUCACUCGCCUCUUCGUUCAUAUCUUCAUUUCGCUGUUCGUGUCCUUGCCCUUCCUCCAGCUUGGUCACAGCCAGCGUGAUUUACAAUACCGGACGUUCUCCAUUUUCUGGGCAACCAUUCUUCCAGCAGUGUUGAUGAAUCAGAUAGAACCAAAGUUCAUCGAAAACAGACGUAUGUCCAAGUCUUCCAGUAGGAUCUACUCUCCAGAAGUAUUUGCCAUCGCACAGCUUCUCGGCGAAAUUCCAUACUCAGUGCUAUGUGCCAUCGUGUACUGGGCACUCAUGGUAUACCCACAAGGCUUUGGUCAGGGAGCGGCGGGGACCGCAGGCACUGGGUUCCAGUUACUUGUGAUCCUGUUCACGGAGCUGUUCGGUGUCUCUCUAGGCCAAGUUAUUGCUGCUAUCACCCCUAGCGUUCAAGUUGCUGUGCUCUUUAACCCGUUCAUCAUGGUCGUGCUCAGUACCUUCUGUGGAGUGGUCAUUCAAUACCCCGUCCUCUCUCAUUUUUGGAAGUCAUGGUUGUACGAGCUCAACCCCUUUACGCGCUUGCUAUCUGCUAUGUUAUCCACGGAGCUCCACGGUCUGAUGAUUAGGUGUAAGCUCGAUGAAUUUGUCGUGUUCAACCCCCCUUCUAGUCAGACAUGCCAAGCAUGGGCUAGCAGUUUUGUCAGCGCAUUUGGUGGUUAUCUGGACAAUCCCAACGAUACCACGGCGUGCCGUUACUGUCAAUACUCUGUUGGAGAUGAGUUCUUCCUUCCCUUGAAUAUUCGAUUCGAAAACAGGUGGAGAGAUGCCUUCAUCAUCUUAGCGUUCUUUGUAUUCAACUUCAUCGUUACCAUCAUUGCGUCCCGCUUCCUUCGCUAUGCAAAACGGUAA